AGAGACUCUCUGCCCCUCCAUCACUUUACCCCUCCAUCACUCUGCCACUUCAUACCGCGAUAUAUUGCAACUAGUUGUAAAAGCCUUGAAUAUCACACCCCACUCAUCAGAAAUAUACAACCCUUAAGAAUUCAUAAAACCAUCACCCCACAAUGGCCUCCUCAACCCUCCCUUCGAACGGCCACCUCGUCAACAUCGGCACUCACUCUCUAGCUCUCUAUACUUACGGCCCAGAGCCUAGCAGCUCCAAAGAUCCCGUCGUACUAUUUAUCUCGGGUGUGGCAAGCGAUGCCCUCAACUGGCAAGCCGUGGUGCGGCUGUUGGGUCCCUCGCUGCGAAGCUACACUUACGACCGUUCCGGCUAUCACAACUCGGAGUCCUCGCCGCUUGCUCCCUCGGCCGAGAACGUUGCUCUGGAGCUCUCCCUUCUGAUCGAAAAGGCGCCCAUUCCGAACCCUCUGAUCCUUGUGGGGCACUCCUGGGCCGGCGUGCUCACGCAAGAGUACAUCGCCCUAAAGGGAACUGACCAAAUCGCUGGUCUGGUGCUUGUGGAUGCCAACCAUGAGACAGCGCCACUGGUGAUGGACGUGAACGAUCCAAUUCUCUGGACUGUUGCCGCGGGGGUUGAACCAUACUCUGCUUGGGGCGUGGAAGCAGAGCACAAGUUGACGCAGGAGGAGUGGGGCGCGUUCAGGGCGGCAGAAACAACCGAGAAGUUCAAGCUGAUUGAGUGCAAGGAGGGGUUUGAGAACUACAUGCCAAGUUUCGAGACGCUGCGGAGUAAGGAGCUGAGUAAAAAGCAGCCACUGGUUGGAGACAAACCGGUUUAUGUGAUUGGGGGCACACGAAGCAGGGAUUGGAGUGGAUUGUACAAGGCGGGCGUUGCUAAAGGUAACGGGACCGAGGAGCAGAGGAGCCAUGUGAGAGAGUUGAUCAAGACGGUCGAUGCGAAGAAUGAGGGUCUCAUGAAGGAAUUCUUGAAACUCUCUACGAAGAGCGAGCUUGUUUUCGCCUCCGAGAGUGGACACUUUGUCCAGAUGACUCAGCCGGAAAUUGUUGUUGAUGGAGUGAAAUGGGUUCUAGAUAACUUACCAGCAUCUUCUUUAUUGCGGAGAAUAAAAGCUACGUCCAGGGCUUCCAACGGGCCGUACUACAGUCCGUACAAAGUGAACCGUAACGGUCACGUGUUCAGUAUGAACGUACCAAGCUUAUGA